AUGUCGGAGGGCCUUUUCUUCAACGUCGCCACUGGCUACAUCGAGGGUGUUGUGCGUGGCUAUCGUAACACGCUUUUGACAGGUCAACAAUACAGCAACCUGGCACAAUGCGAGACGAUCGAUGAUGUGAAGCUUCAGCUGGGCCCAGCGUAUGGCGACUUCCUUGCCGACCUCCCUCCGAACCCCUCAACGAGCGCUCUUGCAGACAAGACACUGGACAAGCUCGUCUCCGAAUUCCGCUACCUCCAAGCCAACGCAACGGGAUCGCUGUCCAAGUUCAUGGACUUCUUGACCUAUGGAUACAUGAUUGAUAACGUCGCCCUUCUUAUCACCGGAACUCUGCACGAGAGAGAUACCCGUGAACUGCUCGAGCGAUGCCACCCCUUGGGCUGGUUCGAGACAAUGCCCGCUCUCUGCGUCGCCACAAACAUCGAAGAGUUGUACAACAGUGUGCUCAUUGAGACUCCCCUCGCUCCCUAUUUCAAGGGUUCCUUGAGCCAUCAAGACCUCGACGAGCUCAAUAUUGAGAUUAUCCGCAACACUCUUUACAAGAACUACCUUGAGGACUUCCACAACUGGGUCAACUCCCACUCGGGUGUUGCUGGCAGUCCAACCGCCGAAGUCAUGACAGAGAUUCUCGAAUUCGAAGCCGAUCGUCGAAGCAUCAACAUCACACUCAACUCGUUCGGCACCGAUCUCUCCAAGGCCGACAGACAAAAGCUAUACCCCAGCUUUGGAAAGUUGCAUCCCGAAGGAACUUUGAUGUUGUCAAGAGCAGAUGAUCCCGAGGCUGUCAGAAUAGCUGUUGACGGUGUACACGAUUACCGCACUUUCUUCGAUCAAACUGGCAUGGGCUCAGGCUCGAACGUUGGCAACAUGGCCGGUGGUUCCGAUGAGGGUAAGAGCUUGGAAGACUUGUUCUACCAAAAGGAAAUGGAGUUGUCCAAACUUGCUUUCACCCGCCAAUUCACCUUCUCUAUCGUCUAUGCAUGGGUCAAGCUGAGAGAACAGGAAAUCCGCAACAUCACUUGGAUAGCAGAGUGCAUUGCUCAGAACCAGAAAGACAGGAUCGGCAAUUACAUUAGCGUCUUCUAAGCCUUUUGUACAAGCUCUUUCUAGUUCCCCUUUCUUUCUCGGCGUUCAUACCCAUAUGUUAGCGUAAGAUUUUGUUCAUAUUGAUUGUUUCAUGGUUUGGUGGGCUCCCUAUUAGACUUCGCUCUGUUUCAAGUACAAAAUUCAUGCGAGAUUCAGACAUCAUUCCAGACAUGAAUUCAUUGUUGAUUGUUGUAGUCUGGCAGAAAAUAUGGUAGGUACCCGACAUGACUUAGGCUUCUCCAAGCGUCAGAGCAGCUGUUGAUCCCAAGUUGAUGUUAAAGGAGGCCUGCUUUGACGCAGUCCGAAAAGGAUGGUUCCUUCCACUUCUCUCGAUGCCCAAUGAUCUCUAGCCGAGACUUAGUCUGCCUUCAUUGCUGUCUUACCUCAGACUUCAGGU